UUCAGAGCACCUGAUGGUGGACUGGUUGUGCUGAAGGAUGUGUUACUCGUACCGGGGCUGAAGGCCAAUCUGAUAUCGCUGCGCAAGCUAGGCCAGGCCGGAGUCAGCACCACCACCAAUGGAUCCAAAACAUUCAAGGGGCUGCGAGGAGAUCGUGUGUUAUGGGAUUUACACGAAAGCAGAGAUGUCUUCAGAUCCAUGUGGCACAUCCCUGCGCUGAUAUGGGAAUCAACAAAGAAGGAGUUGGGAGCAGUAAAGGCGGGAUCUGGAGUCCAGGGGGAGUGCAAUGCAAGAGCAAGGGGUGGCUACUCUGGGAGCCCUCAAAGAAUGUGCUGUUUGACAGUCGGGAUGUCAAAUUUGUGGAGAACAUCAUGUAUGGCAAGUGGGAGAAGCAGCCAGAGGCAAGGAUGACGAGGAGCCUGCAUACUGCUUUUAUGCACCAAUACAACCUCCGAGCAUGGAUCAUGCGCUAGCCGGGCCUCAACAGGGGAAGUGGCUCGUUUCAAGAGAUGCAGAGUACAACAGCCAGAUGGAGAAUCACACAUGGGACCUGGUGUACUUGCCAAAUGGGAAGAAGGCAAUACAGUGCAAGUGGCUGGCAAAAAUCAAGACGGAUGAGAAAGGAGAGCCAUCAGUUUACAAGAGCAGGCUGGUGGCAAAGGGGUUUCAACAGAAAGAGAAGGAAGAUUACAAAGAAGUGUUUGCCCCAACUGCUAAGUCUCCAAUGCUACGUGUGCUGCUGGCGGUAGCUGCUGUGCGCAAAUGGAAGGGACAGUACAUCCACACCUUGGCUGAGAAGUACUCUCUGCAGGAAGAACAGACAGUGGUCACACCUUUGCCUUCCGAGUUCAAACUCAUAAAGGCAGCUGAAGGAGAAGGAGUUGAGUGUGAAGACCAGAGGCAAUUCCAAUCCAUGGUCGGGAGCCUACUCUACGCUGUUCUCGGAGAAGGAAAGGUGUUCCUUUCCUGUUUUGCUGAUGCCACAUGGGCUUCUGAGCAUGAGGAUUCAUCAUCAGUAGGUGGAUACAUCUGCAUGAUGGGAGCAAGGGAGCCAUUGCCAUGGCACGCAAUGCAGUUCUUCAUGGAUUGAACAAGCACAUGAGGAUCAAGUGGCAUUGGCUGCGGAAGGAGGUGAAGCCUGGAACAC